AUGAGGGUACAGUUAGCCGACAAGUAUGCUCUCCACCGCAGUCUGAUUCGCAUACGUGUACGAGGCAAAUUUGAGUUAUGCUGUCCAGUUCCUCAAACACGCCCGCUCCAAUCAAACUCUCUCCCCUUCACUGAUGAACGCACGGCGACCUCAUCUCGAUCGCAGGUGUACCACGUACAUGCAGAUCCAGGAACCAAUUUGUCACGCUUGGUCGAAUAG